GAAAAAAUGUUGUUUUUGGGAUUUUUUCAAAGAAUUAUUUUCAUGAUUUUGCUAUUUAUGCCAAUUUUCUUCAAUGGAGUAGAGAGUCUUAAUAGAAUUCUUCUGGAUACAGAUGUGGAUACUGAUGAUUUCUUUGCUCUUCUCUAUAUUUUAAAGCUUAAUAGAUCAGAAAUUGAUUUGAAGGCAAUAACUAUUAGCGCAAAUGGAUGGGCUAAUGCAGGGCAUGCUGUAAAUCAUGUGUAUGAUAUGCUUUACAUGAUGGGGCGUGACGAUAUUGCUGUUGGCGUGGGAGGUGAAGGGGGAAUACUUCCCAAUGGUACCAUUAUGCCUGAUGUUGGUGGAUAUCUCCCCAUCAUUGAUCAGGGAGAUGGUACUGAUGGAUAUUGUAGAUAUAGACAAACUGUACCUGUUGGUCUUGGAGGACGCUUGAAUAUCGACUCAAAUUAUGGAUUCCGAAAGAUCUUCCUUCCACAGGGCAAGAGACAAUAUUCUCCUCUUCGACAGCCAACUGCUCAGCAAGUAAUGAUUAACACAAUUUCUUCAGGGCCAACAGUAGUUUUUCUCACAGGAUCACAUACAAACUUUGCACUAUUUCUGCUAAGCAAUCCACAUUUAAAGAAAAAUGUUGAGCAUAUUUACAUUAUGGGAGGUGGUAUAGGGUGCUGCACAAAAAACUCGACUUCUUCAUGCCAACCUGGACAGUGUGGCAAUUUAUUCACAGAUUACACAAGCAACCCUUAUGCAGAAUUCAAUAUGUUUAUGGAUCCUUUUGCUGCUUAUCAGGUGAUUCAUUCUGGUAUUCCAGUUACUCUUGUCCCAUUGGAUGCCACAAACACCAUUCCCAUUACCAAAGAGUUUUUCGAGACCUUUGAAAAGAAUCAGCAUACCUACGAGGCACAGUACUGUUUCAAGUCCCUGAAGAUUGUUCGUGAUACUUGGUUCGCUGACCAAUUCUAUAAGAGUUUCUUUAUGUGGGACUCAUUUAUGUCUGGAAUAGCUGCUUCAAUCAUGAGGAAACAACAAAACUACCAAGGAGAAAAUGAAUUUGCAGAAAUGGAGUAUAUCAAUAUUACUGUUGUUACUUCAAAUAUGCCAUACGGGAUAUCCGAUGGAUCAAAUCCAUUUUUUGAUGGACGUAAAAUUCCCAAGUUUAACUUGGAAAGAAAUGGAGUUCACAGUGGUCAUGUUCAGACGAGACUUCGUGAUCCAUUUUGUGUAGUCAAGAAUGGGAAGGGCAAAUGCCAGGAUGGUUAUACAAAAGAAGUUGUUGGGCCAAGUGGAGUGCCUGUUCGUGUUGCUGUAAGAGCAAAGCCUAAUCAAAAUCCUAAAAGUGCACUAGACAGAGAGUUUUUCGUUAGCUUCCUAGAUGUUUUAAACCAAAGAGAAAAUUCAGCAUUGUUCAAUUUUUCUACACAAUUUCCCCAUUACAAAGGAGAACUCCGCAAACCAGAUUUCAGGGGCAAGCAUCUCGGGAAGAAUGUCGUGUUUGAUAUGGAUAUGAGUGCUGGAGAUUUUAUAGCUCUCGUACAUCUCCUUAAGUUACCAGUUGAAGAAAUCAAUCUCAAGGCUAUAAUUGUGAGUCCAACUGGAUGGGCAAAUGCUGCAACAAUUGAUUCAGUCUAUGAUUUGCUUCAUAUAAUGGGUCGUGAUGACAUCCCCGUGGGCCUUGGAGAUAUGUUUGCAAUGAACCAGUCCGAUCCUGUUUUCUCUGCAGUUGGUGACUGCAAGUACAACAAGGUUAUCCCACAAGGCAGCGGUGGAUUUAUCGACUCAGAUACUCUCUAUGGUUUAUCUCGUUCUUUGCCUCGUAGUCCUCGCAGAUCUACAAUGGAAAAUUUUGUAAAAUUUGGAGCUCCUUGGGACACUGAUCAUCCUAAACUCGGACAACCUCUGGCAUUAGAAGUAUGGGAGUCGGUGGUGAAAUCGCUUGAUCCAGGAUCCAAGGUUACCAUUUUAACCAACGGCCCAUUGACCAACAUAGCAAAGAUUGUUCUCGCAGGCAAAAAUAUGACCAACGCCAUCCAGGAUAUACUAGUUGUCGGAGGGCACAUCAAUCAUGACAACACUGAUAAGGGAAAUGUAUUCAAUGUUCCCUCAAAUAAAUUCGCGGAACUGAAUAUGUUUCUUGACCCUCUAGCAGCAAAGACAGUGUUGAGUUCAGAGCUCAACAUCACUCUCAUUCCACUUGGCAUACAACGGAAAUUCAGUGCAUUUCCUAAGAUUCUUAAAACAGUACUUCAGCUAACUAAGAAGACACCUGGAGUAAUUUUUGUGAAGCGUUUACUGUCAAAGUUACAGCAUCUGCAAAAGACACAUCCUAGAUACAAGCAUAUGGAUAUAUUUGUUGGAGAAAUACUCGGAGCAGUAAUUUUGGCUGGUGAUUCUGUACUGAAAUCAACCUGUGAUGUCAAGAAAAUUGAAGUCACUGCGACUGGAAAUGAAUCUGUAGAUGGACAGAUAAUUAUCGACGAAAAACAAGGCAAAUCAGUGAAAGUAUUAGAGAAUGUGGAUCAUUUAGGUUAUUACAAUAUUUUUGCAAAUAGACUAAGUGAUAUGGAGUAGUCAGUUUACCAUAAACAAACAUUAUGAGCAGAAGAGGAAAUGGGAAACUAUUUAUUUUCGUAUGUUAAUUAUAGUAUUUGUUUCUUGUACAAUUGAUUCUAGUUGCAACGCGAAGUGCUUUCUUUAAAAGAAUAAUUUUCAUAAAUAGCAAUUGUUUGAAUUAUAAUUAUGAAUAAUAGUGUUAUAAUUUGCUUAAUAAGAAUUCAUAGCAAUAGUUUUAUAGAAGAGAGAGGCAAGCGAGAUCAAUUCAAGAGGUAAAAGAGGAGAGAAGUGAGAGAGAUAGAAGAGAGACGUAAAAGCAUGCUGUAUCUUAAAUACAACUUGUACUAUAAUUGAAACUGUGAUACAUAUACACAUAUAUACAUUCCUUCUUUCCCAAAUAUCGCUCACCUCUUUCAUAAGAUGCAUAUAUUAGCUUUGAAACAAAAUUAUAAGUACAUAUAUACACAUUGUAGGGGUGUCAAAUGAGCGGGUUGAGUUGAAAUUGAAAAUAUUAUAAUGGAUUGAAUAGAAAUCGGGUUGGGUUUUGACCCGCUCAAGUUUAGUUUGGGCUCAAAUGGGUUGGGUUCAAAUGGGCUAAAAAGUGGAUUGGUCUUGACCCGUCCAAUUUGACCCGAUUAAUCUCAAUAAUUUAACAUAUUAAUAUUUAACUUUUAUAAUCACAAUUUGAAUUUCCGCUCAAAAAUUUUUUGUUAGAAAAGUAAAUAAUGGAUAGAUAAAUUCUACAAGAUGUUAAAUAGAUAAUAAUGCGUAAAAACACAUUUUGUUUAAGAAAAUAAGAAAAACUCAAAACUAUUUGAAAUAAGUUGACAAAAAGUCCUAUUGAGCUGGAUGAACAGCAAAUUUAUUCCCUCUACUGCUACAUAUAUUCUUUAGAUUUCUCACAUAGAUUCUGUCUGCAACAUAAUUCUUAGAUUUUUCUUUCUAUUAUAGAUAUAGAAAGAAAUCAGUAUGCUUAUGCAAUUUGGCAAUACACUCAUCAUAGUCCACAAGUAACAAUGGGGAUUUGCAAAUGAAACUUUUCAUUUUCGAAAAUCAGAAAAGAAUGACUUCUCAACAUCUGUUCUAAACAGUGUUCCAUCGUAUAAUGAAUGCUAAAAAAGAAGCCAAAUAUCAGUAGAACUCAAGGUCAUAGAACAGAUAGCAAGGUUUCUUUUUUUCUUCAUUUAAAAACAGCGAGAUAGGUAUCAGUUGAUAAAACGUAGCACUGUUUCAUCAAUAAUUUACAGCAAGCAUAGACCACCUAGAGAAUCUGAUGGCUAAAGUUGAUAAUGUGAAUCCACAAGGAAA